CACACGCACACUCCCGGGAGCAGAUAACGGGGUUUCGGGGAGUUCGGAGGAGACAGAAUAUUCUGCAGCACCGGGAACUCACCGGGAGCUGCCCGGUAUGUCCGAGUACGGAAGCCUGUGAGGAGACGACAUGUGGCCGCUGCGGGUGAUUUGAGGCGCUCAGCAGAAGAUUCGUGUGUCGGUGAAACUCUGGAUACUGACGGAGGCAACAAGUGGAGUUCGCCGCGGAGACGCCGCCGUUUCUCGCCGCCGCCACCAGCCAUGGAAGAGCCGAAGGAGCCGAGCAGCGGCCGGGACUCCACCGAGGAGGAGAGCCUGUCCCUGUCGCCGAACCUGCCGUCCCCGCCGCUGAUGCUCCCGCACCAGGCGGCCCAGCAGGCCCACCGAACCACCAACUUUUUCAUCGACAACAUCCUGCGGCCGGACUUCGGCAGCAGGAAGGAGCCGGCCUACCGCAGCCAGACGCCGGGCCGCGAGAACGUGAACCCGCUGGCCGGGGCCAGGCCGCCGGCGCACACCGGCAGCCUGUGCCUGGACUCGAACUGCAGCAGCGACAGCACCUCGUCGUCGCCGUGCUCCUCGUCCUCCACGUCCUCGUCGCCCUCGUCCAAGCAGAACUCGUCGAAACAGGGCGAGCCGGCGGGCACCGGCACCGGGAGAUACGCGGACAGCCCCUCGUCUAUUGUGGUUGUGAGCAGCGGCAACGGGGCGGCCGCGGCCCCCAGUAAGGAGAGCCAGCCGCUGCUGUGGCCCGCCUGGGUUUACUGCACCCGCUACUCGGACCGGCCCUCAUCUGUUUCCACACCAGGCCCAAGGACACGGAAACUGAAAAAGAAGAAGAGCAGCAAGGAGGACAAGCGGCCCAGGACAGCGUUCACGGCCGAGCAGCUGCAGAGACUGAAAACUGAGUUCCAGGCCAACCGCUACAUAACGGAGCAGCGGAGACAGUCUCUGGCCCAGGAACUCAACCUGAACGAGUCCCAGAUUAAAAUCUGGUUCCAGAAUAAGAGGGCCAAGAUUAAAAAGGCCACCGGCUACAAGAACGGCCUGGCCAUGCAGCUCAUGGCCCAAGGACUUUACAACCACUCGACCACCACCGUGCAGGAGGAGAAGGAGGAAAGUGAAUGAGAGGGCCCCGGACAUUCCCCCCACGCCCCGCCCCCCACACCCCCCCCCCCCACGCUCAGGCCCCGCAGCCUGACUCUUUGGACUCUUUUUGGAGCUAAUGAAAAAAAAAAAAAUGAACUGGAAGUGGGGGAGCCGCUAUUUAAAAACACAGAUUUCUGUUUAUGGUAACAGUAUAUGGACAUAAUUAUAUAAAUGAGCGAUCGUUAUUAAAGUUUAUAUAGCCACACAGUUA